AUGACUGACUUUGGAGACUGGAACAUAAAAAUAUCAGCGCCGCCAUCCCCAGUUAUUGAGAAAAAUAAUGAUACUCAGGGACAAGAUAGACUUGCAUUUCCUGGUAAUGAUGAAUCUGAACAUUCAAGCAACCAUGGAAACUUUCUUGAGCUUCUACAAUUUCUUGCCGACCAUAAUGAGGAUGCGAAAGCCGUUACUUUGAAAAAUGCUCCGGAGAAUCACAAAUUGACAUCACCAGAUAUUCAAAAAGACAUUGUAAAUGCUUGUGCAAUUGAGACCAUCAAGGCUAUUAUUAAAGACAUUAGCACUUCAUUGUUCUCUAUUUUGAUUGAUGAAUCUUGCGACGUAUCAACGAAGAAACAAAUGGCUAUUGUAUUGUGCUAUGUGGACAAGAAUGGGCAUGUCGUUGAGCGUUUUAUUGACAUUAGGCAUGUUACUUGCAUCACUGCUCUCUCACUCAAGGAAACCACUGAUGAGGUAUUUUCUAGGCAUAAAUUGAGCAUCUCUAGGUUGUGUGGGCAAGGUUACGAUGGGGCCAACAAUAUGCAAGGUGAGUUCAAUGGUCUUAAAGCUCUUAUUAUGAAAGAAAGUGGUUGUGCCUAUUAUAUUCAUUGCUUUGCACAUCAACUUCAAUUAGCUCUUGUAGCUAUGGCAAAGAAGAACAUCCAAAUUGAGUAUCUUUUUAGUAUGGUUAUUAUUUUGGUAAAUGUUGUUGGAGCUUCAUCGAAGCGUUGUGAUCUUCUUCGAGAGAAGCAAUCUAUUGCAGUUAUUGAAGCACUAAACAGUAGUGAGUUUACAAGUGGGAAAGGCAAAAAUCAAGAAACUACUUUAAAACGUGCUGGAGAAACAAGUUGGGGUUCACACUUUGGUACUUUAGUAAGUAUAAUGACUAUGUUCUCAUCCAUACUUGAUGUACUUGAAGUAAAAGCAGAUGAUGGAUUAAGCUCUCAACAAAGAUGUUCCAUGCAAUCAUUUGAUUUUGUGUUUAAUCUACACUUGAUGAAAUAUAUACUAGGAAUAACCAAUGAAUUGUCACAAGCAUUGCAAAGGAAGGAUCAUGAUAUUGUAAAUGCCAUGAAGUUGGUGGAGUUUGUAAGCAAAGGUCGGAGAUAA